AUGACGGACCAGGAGAGAGUGUUAUUAGACUGCUAUCUCCACGAGCAGCAAAUCCCUGGCCACUCGAACGAGAAGCGGUACACCGAAAUGUUGUCUGCUUCAACACCUACCCAUGAGGUCUUAUCUGAGCACGAGAUACACGAGCUUUCGCAAUGGAUGUGGAGCACCUGGGACGAUACCAUAACACCGCCAUAUCUUGUAUGA